CUCUUUAAACAGUUGCCUUUUCCUCUUACACAAGGAAGAUCUCAUUUUGUUUGAGACUGGAUAAAGUUAAACAAACCAUAUACCAACCAGAGGGUAUGAUGGCUAAGAAGCCCCCGAAACCAGCUCCUCGCAGGAUCUUCCAAGAAAGAUCAAAGAUUACUGCUCUACCCUUGUACUUUGAAGGUUUUUUAUUAGUCAAGCGGUCAGAAUACCAGGAGUAUAAACAUUAUUGGACAGAGUUGAGAGGAACUACACUUUUCUUUUAUACCGACAAAAAAAGUACAAUAUAUAUUGACAAGUUAGACAUAAUAGACCUCACAUGCCUUGCUGACCAGAAUUCAACUGAAAAGAAUUGUGCAAAAUUCACCCUUGUUUUGCCAAAAGAGGAAGUGCACUUGAAGACAGAGAACACAGAAAGUGGGGAAGAAUGGAGAGGUUUCAUUCUCACAGUAACAGAACUGUCAGUUCCCCUACAUGUGUCACUCCUUCCUGGGCAAGUAAUUAGACUGCAUGAAGUCCUAGAGAGAGAAAAGAAAAGGAGGACUGAGACAGAACAGUUACCGUGUUCAUCCCCGGAAAAAGAGAAGGAGCCAAUUGAAGAUUAUGUGGAUGUACUGAACCCUAUGCCAGCAUGUUUUUAUGCAGUGUCCCGGAAGGAAGCAACUGAGAUGCUUGAGAAGAAUCCUUCCUUGGGAAAUAUGAUCCUGAGGCCUGGUAGUGACAGUAGAAACUAUUCGAUCACCAUCCGGCAGGAGAUAGACCUUCCAAGAAUCAAGCACUACAAAGUGAUGAGUGUAGGACAUAACUAUACUAUUGAAUUGGAAAAACCUGUAACACUCCCAAAUCUUUUCAGUGUCAUUGAUUAUUUUGUGAAGGAGACUCGAGGAAAUUUACGACCAUUUAUAUAUUCAACUGAUGAAACCCCUGGUCUAUGAUCCACUUGGAAUAUGUUUAAGGGUCUGGCACAGAGUGGAUGAUGUUGGUAUAAUAAAUUGGUGAAUCCCCAAGCAUAGUAUUGGAGGAGGAAGCAACAUUCUCUGCUUCCUAGAGGAAAAAUGUCACUCCCAGAAACACAAAAGGACCAUCGCAAGUAACUAUUCACCUACUACAUUCUUGGCAUUAUGUGAAGUCCCAGGAUUACAUCAUCUCAUUUUAUUGCUCCCAACAAUCUUACAAGGAAGAUACUAUUAUUUCUAUUUUAUGAUCAAAAAAAGCAACACUUCAGUUUUCACACAAAGCUAGUAAAUGAAGCUGAAACCCAAACCCAUGUUUAUUUUUGAACUUUUUAAAAAAAACCUUCUCAGUGGUUCUGCAUCUCCAGUGAUAGAUAUUCAUAUUCUCUCUCCCCUCACUUCAUCCUUUCCUGUGUCUGUGGGUUAAGAGUCUGGGCCUGACUUAGUUGGGUCUUUCGCAAAUUUGCAAUCAAGGUGUUGGCUAGGCUGGGUUGUCACCUGAGACUUCAGCAAGAAGGAUCUACUCACUCAGGUUGUUUGGAGAAUUCACUUCCUUGCAGUUCUAGGAUUCAUAGCAGCUGGCUUCUUCAAAGAUAGCAAUGAAGUAGGUGGAGGUGGGCGUGAAGGAAGGAGGGACUACUAAGUAAAUCUACUGGUAAGGAGGAGUCUUACAUAAUGUAACAUAACCAUGGUACUGACAUCCCAUCACUUUUGCAUAUUCUGUCAGUUACAUGAUUCUCAUUUCCUGGUAUUCAUGCAUUGUGUAAACCCUGUAUCUUGAAGGUAGACUGACCUGUAACAUGUUUCUAACCAAUAGUGACUUGCAACCAUAUAGGUCCCUUUACUUCCGCCUCCUUGUUACAGCUGUCACAUGUACUACAUCUAUAUAACAUUGAAAAUUCCACCAAAUGAUCUAAUUUUUGCUUUCAAUUGCUAUAAAUGUAUUAAAGAAUUUGAGAAAAAUAGUCUAUUAUUACCUAGAUAUCUCCUAUUCCUGUUCUCUUUUUCCUGUGGAAUCAUUUCUCUUCAACUUGAAGAACUUCUGAAUCCAACCAGUGGAUCUUUUUUUUCAGAUAUUUUUUUCACUUUGAAAAUUUCUGCUUGGUUUUUAUAAUCUUCUUUUCUUUGUUAAGAAUAUCUAUCCUUCCAUUUGUUUCAAGAGUGCUUAUCACCACCUCAUGGAGCAUAGCUCUUUAACAUCUUUGAUAAUUUCAACAUCAUGGUUAUUUUAGUGUUGGCAUCUGUUGUCUUUUCCCUUGAGAACUGGUCACAUUUUUCUGACUCUGUCUACCAAGUAAUGUGAAUUGUAAUCUUGGGUAUUUUAUUUUGAAUACUAUGUCAUGGGCCUCUGGAUCCUAUUAAAACCCUCUGGGGCUCUUUUCUUUUUUUCUUUUUUUUUUAAGCAGGCAACCAUCCUGACUAGAUUGAACCAGUUCUGCCUUACUGUUUCUGUGGGAAGUGUUCCAGUUUCAAAGCCUUUGGUAUUUUGCUUUGGGGCUGCCUCACACAUGUAUAUCUCAGGAAUUAGCCUGGGACUUUGACAGUGAUUUAUUUCUUAGUUUAUUGUCAAAGUCUUCGCUAUUACUAUUUUCUGGUGGCUGAACUGAUUUUUUGCUUUGUGAUCAGGAACAAAUUACUCAACCUUUUUGCAUUUUAGAUUCCCUUAUUAUAUGGAUUAGGGAAUGAUAGAUGAACAGACAGAACUAGAAGGGAACAUGAAGAGAGACUUCAAAUAAUCACACUAUCUUCUGUAGAGUAAUAUAUUUUCUUUCAAAAGCAGAAAGAUGAUGGAAAAGUAAACUGGAAGAGUAAAUGAGAGUGGAAAUAGGACUAAGAAAUACUACAAAAAGGUCAAAACUGGUCUUGACAAAUAGUGCUGAAAUUUUAAGGAAACUUUGGGGGAAGCCUAUAACUGUUUCAGGAGUGUGGACUCACAGCUGAUUAGCUGAAAAGGGGCACAGUGGGAAUGCCAGAGCCCUUAUCUUUAAUUUCGGAGUUGUAGAGCACCUAAAGGUUAAUAUCUGGAGACUUAAGAGAAAGUGAAGGUGUUUCCAAUAAAAUACUACCAAAGAAAGAUUUUCUUUGAGCCUUGUUAAACCCAUGUCAGCAAUCAGCUUUCUCUUUGACACCAGAAGCAAGAGCACUGAUGGAACCAAUAGUCAAAGAUAUUUCCUCAAUUUAUUUUUCCCAACUUCAGAAAUUAUCAGUAUAAACUAAAAGCAAUGUCAAAAUACGGUAGGAUAGAUAAAUAACAUUAAAUUAGCUAGGAAGAAAAAAAUGCUAGAGAAAAACUUAUGAGGAAACAAGUUACAGGUCUAGGAUAAAAUACAAAUUAAAAAGGCAUCUGAAUAUUCAGUAUUUAGUUACCUAACAUUUAUUAAACACACCAGCAAUGCUUCAUAUACAAGCAGGAAAAUCAACUGAUGUUGAAAAGAAUGAACUGUCCUGCUCUUCAAUACUGGUUCUUUAUUAAAAUCAAGCUUUUCUACCCACAAUUAUCAGGCCAAGAAUCCACCACAGAAGGCAGAAGAGAGAGGUUGAAGAAAAAUCUACAUAUUGCAUGAAAUAAAAUGGAAAAACUA